AUGCGAGGUGUUUUAAUAUCGUCGGCGAGACGGCGGCCGUUGUUGAGUGUGAUCAGUCGAAUUGCAUCAUGCAACAAGAAGAUGACAUCUGUGAUGACGCAAAGAGAAGCGGCGAAGUUACGAAAUGCAUCGUGGAGGGAUCUGAAGAGUAUUUUCGCACUAGCUUAUCCACAUAAAGGUCGAAUAUUGCGAGUUUGCAAGAGAGGUCUAUUUUAUAGUUGGUUAAUAAUUGAAUUGGGUGUGGUGAGACGAUGGGACGGUCAGUUAGUAAUAAAUGAUCUUCGCACAAAAGUGUUCAAAUCAGUGUUACAUCAAGAAUUGGCGUUUUUCGAUAGGAAUAAAGUGGGUGAGCUGGUGAGUCGAUUGUCUACCGAUGCACUGAUUGUUGGCUAUUCGGUGUCGAUGAAUUUAAGCGAUGGAGCUCGCGCAUUGAUCACCGCUGUUGGUUCGGCGAGUCUGAUGGUAUAUACAUCACCGGCAUUGUGCAAAGUAGUGGUGUUCGUUAUACCGAUUCUCGUCGGGACUUUGGCCGUUUUCGGUAGAUUGAUGCGCAAAUAUACCAUACAAAUGCAAGAGGCGGUUGCUGGAGCGAAUCAGGUCGCAACAGAGCGACUAUCAAACGUUCGAACAGUGCGUAUGUUGGUUGCGGAAAAGAAGGAAUUAGAUGCGUACCGAUCGAAGAUUCACGACAUUUGGUUGAUUUCUUGCAAAGAGGGUUUAGCCAAGGGGCUUAUGUUCGGCGGGUUUCAAUUUACUGGUUAUAUGGCAAUGACAACGGUGUUGUUUUACGGAAGUAAUUUGAUCAGCGUUGGAUUGCUAACAUACGGUGAUCUGUCGUCAUUUUGUUUGUACGCCGUGUUGUGUGCAUCGAGUUUAUCGCUGAUGAGCGGUUUUUUCACAGAGUUAAUGAAAGGUCUCGGAGCAAGUUCGAGGCUGUUCGAACUGCGAUUUCGAGUGCCUGCCAUCCCGAUGAAAGGUGGCAUCAAGAAGAACGGUAUCGAACGCGACAUUCGAUUCGAAUCGGUGUCUUUCGACUAUCAGGAUCGACCGCAUAUAUUCCAUGAUGUCACUUUUCGAAUUCCGGCCGGAAAAGUUACGGCGAUUGUGGGGCCGUCCGGAUCGGGCAAAAGUACUGUUGCGAAUCUGUUGUUGAGGUUAUACGAUCCAUCAGAGGGUCGAAUUAUGGUGGAUGAUGUGGAUUUGAAAGAGUUGGAUCCGUCGCACUGGCGUCGUCAGAUCGGAACCGUUGGACAGGAGCCAGUUCUAUUUUCAACAACAAUUUGGAAUAAUAUCGUCUAUGGUGCCGAGAAACCAGAACUUAUUACCAAUGAACAGGUACAAGAGGCUGCGGCUCAGUCGAAUGCGUUGGAAUUUAUUCGUGAAUUCCCGCAAGGUUUUCAAACUUUGGUCGGUGAACAAGGCGCAUCAAUGCUAAGUGGCGGUCAAAAGCAACGAAUUGCUAUUGCAAGAGCACUUGUUACGAACCCAUGCAUGUUGAUUCUGGAUGAGGCAACAAGUGCGCUGGAUGCGACCAGCGAAUAUCUGGUUAGGACGGCGUUGAAUAAACUACUCGAAAACAGUCAUCAGACUGUCUUGAUUAUAGCGCAUCGUUUAUCAACAAUUAAAUACGCCGAUCAAAUCGUUGUGCUUGACAAAGGAACAGUGGCUGAGACUGGAACGUUCAACAGGCUGAUGGGAAUCGAUGACGGUAUAUUCAAGAAGCUUGUCGAAAAACAAGCAAUCGGUUGGAGAGAAGAGAAUUUCUGA